CCUGUCAGCUCUAUUCAAUGAACAGAGUUAAAACCCGCUGCAUCUUGCUAAAUCGAUGCCCCGAGUUGCUCCGGGACAGCGAAAGCGGUCGUAUCGUCCCAAGACGCGCACCGGCUGCUUGACCUGCAAGUAUCGACACGUCAAGUGUACUGAAGAGCUCCCGAACUGUCUGCGCUGUACCUCAACCGGCCGUGUAUGCGACGGCUACGAGAUUCCACCCCCAUCGCCCCCGUCUAGCCUCACGACAUUGCAAUCAAACCCAUUCACAAGGCCGCUCGUUCCCCGGUCACUCAGUGAUGAUCUACUUAUCUCGAACCAGGAGCGCCGUUCGUUCCAGUUUUUCAUAGCCAAGACUGCCCUGCAGCUGGCUGGCGACUUCGAAUGUAUCUUCUGGGAACGCCUGCUGCUGCAGUCUGCGCACCAUGAGCCGGCGAUUCGCCAUGUUACUGUUGCAUUGGGCUCGCUACAUGAGCGCUUGGAGCGUGAUGCGGGCACUCUCUACCAACCCGGCUCUCAGACCAUGCACGACCCCUUUGCUUUGCGACAGUAUAUAUGCGCCAUGCGUUGUCUGAUGCCGGCGCCGGGCGGCUCACAGCCCCUUGAUGUCUGCUUAAUGUCCUGCAUCCUUUUUGCUUGCUUCGAGGCAAUGCGCGGCCAAUACGGUUCGGCCAUCACCCACAUCACCAGUGGACUAAAAAUUCUCGAUGAGCUUCGAGCCAAUCCAUUCAACACAUCCACGGCUCUGAGUAAAGGUCGCAUGCCGUAUGUCCCCAUCGACGUUGUGUGUGGGCUCUUCACUCGCUUGCAAGCGCAAAUCAUUGUGACCGUACACCGCAUGAGCGCAGAGCGCUGCAACCUUUGGCCUGAGCUGGUCAUUGACCUGGACAGACCCAUCGUGUUUCACUCGUUAGCCGACGCGCGUGAGACCCUCGAGAUCUACACGUACUACUACCGGCAGCGCAAUACGGAGCUGCAACACGAACGUACAAAGGCGGAGCAAUAUUCUCCUUUCCCAAAGUCCAUAGAGCUGGUGAAUGGGUUGAACCGCGCGGCUGUGGCUCUGCGUGACGUCUCGAUCUCCCUGCUGGAUCGCUGGUCUACCGCACUGGACGACUUUCUGCGUGAGCGCAACACUUUUCUAACGGACCGCGAGCGGCGUGGUCUCGCAGUGCUCCAGCUACGGAAGUUCGACUGCUUGGUUUCGCUAGAUAUAUUCAAACCUGCGGGUCAGGCCGAGGCAGGGGAUAAUGUCGAUUGGGAUAAAUACUGUGCCUUUUUCGAAGAGAUGGUCACUCUAGGCGAGUCCCUUGUGGGACUUUCCUCGAAUCCUUCUUUUUCUCCCUCAGAUUCGGCUGCUUCGUCUCCAUUACCGACUCCUAAAACCUUCUCUCUCGACCUCGGCAUCAUAGCAGGUAUGUUCAACGUCGCCGUGCGAUGCCGUGAUCCUCACAUCCGCCGGCGAGCCGUACGGGUGCUUCGUGCCUCUGCGGUUCAGGAAGGGGUGUGGAACAGUGCCGUCGUGGCGGCGAUCGCCGACAAGUGGAUUGAGAUCGAAGAGGAGGGUCUAGAUAAUGUUGCGAGCUGUACUGAUGUUCCUGCUGUCGCACGAGUGUCGGACUUCUUGCCCGUGUUCGAUGGUGAGGAACCUACCGCGCUGGUCUAUUAUAGCCACUCAGCUCCGAUGAAUGCUGGGAGUGUACGAAAAGAGAUUUUCAGGUGGUGAUAAUUGCUUGGUUUAGAUGAAUGUUUAGACUCCGAGGGUUUUCUAUGCUUUCAAACCGGUUAUUUUGUCAUUUGAUCCACUGG